CCAUAUAUUCGUUCGAUCACGUAAAUUUCAAGGAUGACUUUACUCUCCGUCGUUUUCCAAAUAAAGCACUUGCUACGUGUGCCAUAUUCUUUAUUAAGCAUUAGUGGUAGUAGUAUGUGCGGUCAGGUAAAUAAGAAAAUGAGUGUUCAAGAAACUGUCGAAGAUUUAACCCAGGAGUGCAUUCAACUGCGACGUAAUCUUCUCGCAAUCAGCGAUCGUAAAGAGCGAGAAAAAAUUGUUUUAAAUCACAUUAAAGAACGUGCGCGUGCUGAUAUACGAGUGAGCGACUUUCAAAAAGGUUUAGAAUGGUUCAACGUAUCAAAAGGAUUGUCAAUGACAGCGGAUCUUGCUGGAAAGAUAAUUAUACUUGACUUCUUCACUUACUGUUGCAUUAAUUGUAUGCACAUAUUACCGGAUUUGGAUGCAUUGGAAAAGAAAUAUCCUCCUGAGGAUGGAUUGGUGGUUGUCGGAGUACACAGUGCAAAAUUCUCCAAUGAGAGAAACUCGAAGAAAAUUUUAUCAGCUGUCCAGAGAUACAAUAUCAAUCACCCAGUGGUGAACGAUGCUAAACUCUCGAUGUGGCGAGAUAUUGGGAUCGUUUGUUGGCCUAGUCUCGUUAUUUUAGGUCCUAAGGGUCAACCUCUUUUCGUAUUAGUUGGUGAAGGGCAUCGAGAGGAAAUGUUCACAUACGUGGGAGUUGCCCUCGCAUAUUUCAAUUCACUAAAAGAAAUAUCCGAUCACGAGAUUCCAUUGAAGCCAGCACAACACUUGUUACCGUUGUCCAAAGACGUUAUUCUUUUUCCUGGCAAAGUACAGACUUUCGAAUCACAAAAUAAUGAACGAGUGAUCGUUUCCGACACAGGAAAUAAUAGGAUUCUUGUAAUGAAACCCGAUGGCACAGUUGAGCACGUAAUUGGAGGCUAUGCUCCCGAUUUCAAGGAUGGAAAUUUUAAGGAUGCAAGGUUCAACGGACCACAAGGUGUCUGCGUUUUAAGCGACAUUGUUUUUGUCGCAGAUAAUGAGAAUCAUGCUAUUCGCAAGAUUGAUCUGGAAAAAAAAGUCGUUAGUACAAUUGCUGGAACAGGUUCUCAGGCACAGGAUUACGUCGGUGGCAAAAUUGGGACAGAACAAGCAUUGUCGUCCCCUUGGGACGUAGCAAUUUAUCAUUACAAACAGGACGAUCGUGAAGUACCGGUACUUCUAAUCGCUAUUGCGGGUACUCAUCAAAUUUGGGCUUUCUUUUUGGAAGACACAGUUUGGUGGAAAAAAAAAGUUUACAAGGCUGGAACGUGCGUUGCGAUUGUAGGAAAUGGAAGGGAGGAAAAUCGCAACAACGCUUAUCCACACGCCGCCAGUCUCGCUCAGCCCUCGGGACUCGCGGUCGCCCAAGAAAUAAAAGCAGUAUUUUUCGCCGACAGUGAAAGUAGUACGGUCAGGAGAGUUCACAUGGAAGAUGGGAAAGUUAGCGCGGUCGCUGGAGCUGAUAGGAAUCCAGCGAAUUUGCAUAAUUACGGCGACAUUGAUGGGCAUCAAUACAACGCCAAACUUCAGCAUCCUUUGGGACUAACAUGGGACAAAAAAGAAAAAGUUUUGUACGUCGCUGACACGUACAAUCAUAAAAUUAAAAAAGUUACCCCCGAAGGAAACUGCACGACAGUUUAUGGUGCUGGAAAACCGACGGAAAAUCAUGUUUUUGACGAACCAAGCGGCUUAGCGAUAUCGUCUAAUGGAGAUGUUCUAUUUAUUGCUGACACCAACAACCACUGUAUCAAGGCUAUUGAUAAAAGGGAUGAUCACACCAUCAGAACCUUAUCAAUUAAAUUACCAAAAGACACUGGUCGUCCGGCGGACAAAACUUUCAACUUUGAAAAUUCACUGAACAAAGAUGGUGGCGAAUUGACAAUUUCGUUUGACGCUAUAUUCGAAGAAGAUCUUAAAUUCACACCAGAGGCACCACAAAAAUGGUCCCUCGUUUUGCCAUCGGACGAGUGGACGACUGAAAAAUCGUCCGGAAGCUUUACAACGCCGAUAAACGUAAAAAUCCCAAAGGGUGAGGGAGUCAAAGAACUUAAAAUAAUUCUCGAUCUAGUAGUUUGUAAAACGGACGAGUGCAUACCAAAAAAAUUCGCAAUCAUAUUCGCCAUCAACCAGAAAUCCGAUGCGCCCACUGUUGUUCGCGAAUCGAAGAAACUCGAGGUCAAAUGACACUCUAAAAAAUUAAUAAAAACAAUCGAGUCGACGAAAAAGAAGAAAUAAUAAUCGCUAAAAUUAUUACAGAAUUUAUAUGAAAUGCAGAUAUUUAUCCAAAGGCAAAAAUGACAUUUUUCCUGAUAGAAACCUUUCGUCAUGCACUCAAACUUCCUAGUGACUCAAUCAUUCUUUUCUCCAUUGCUUCUGAUGAGAUUUUCAUUCCCCCCUUUACGUCGAUUGCAAUAAAAAAAAUCAUGAUUACCAAUGAAAUAUGAUUCAAAGUGAUCAUAACUUUUAACGUAACACUGAAAUCUCGUGCGUCGAUUCUAAUGAAGCCUGAAAAUGAGGAUCACUUUGAAUUUAUUUUUUAAGCCCGAGAUUCAAUUAAUCAAAAUCCUUUUGUGUCGAUUCUUUGUUUAAUGCACUGUUGACAUGACUUCUUAAAGAUUUCGGAUGAGCUCCAUGCUAAAUAUUUUGUAUUUUCUUGCAACGAAACAAGUUUAAAGGUAUUUCGAGCAAUUGUAUUUACUGCCGUACGCUGAACGUUAAUCAUUGUUUUAUUAUAAUUCCGUGCAAUUUUAAAUAAUGCUUCCCAUUAUCACUCGUGACAAAACCGUGGUUUUUUUCACUUUUUUAUUACACAUACACAAUAGAAUACGACGAAUAUAUAAAUAAAUGAAAGGGUGAUCCUAAGGAUCGCGUGCAAGUGUCUUCGACAAUCGUGUCUUCUAAAUAAAGAUUUUUAUUCAAGUUGAACAUGAUAAA